AUGGACUGGGAGUGUGAGGCGCUUAUAACCACGCACUUACACUUUUUUACGCUUGACGUUGGUGAGGCCGAUGCCACACCAAUUGACCCUGAUCCGAUCAGGAGCCCUAACGCGCCUCCAGAUGAGCUAGACUCGUCGGGAGUGGUGGCUGAUACAGAAGCCCCAACCGUGAUCGCUGCCAAUUUGGACCCUGUGCCGAUUGACACAGAGACUCAGUCAGCAGUGAGAGGCACAGGCUCUUCAGCACCUGUGCCCCUACUUCCAACCAUGAGUGGUGAGCCGACAGGGACUAAUAAUCCCCCUGUUGACAAAGCAACAAUGAAGGGAGACCUACCACUCUCUGUUGUUGCACCACGAGAAGAUGUGUCAUGGAGGGAAUUCAUCCAGACGUUUGUUCCUGAAGGACCUCCGGAGCCUGCAUCAACUGUGCCCAGACGAACCCUAGAUCCAACUAGGGCGUCUAAACAGACGCUGCGUGACCAAGGGACUUUGCCCAUGGUUACGAUGACUUGGAAUCUGCAUGACGACAACGGCCUACCCGAGUUUGUCCAUGUCCCAGAAAGUGAGGAAUCUGCCUCGUCACCGGCAUGGAUACCUUCCCAUUUGAAAGAGAAAUGGGUGAACAAGGAUUGUAACGAACCUGAUCACUUUCUCAAGCCACGGAAUCAACCUCCUGAUGAUGAGGCCAACAGGAGUGAGGGUCUACAGAAGACCAUCACUGAAAUGUUGGGGCAGGUGGUCAUGACAGUUGUGGAACAACUGAACAUGUCUUGA